AUGUCGGUGGAGUGUCCGGUACCGGGGGAGCUGCCGGGCGAUGAGGUGGUAGACAGCAGGGCGGACGGGGGAAUAACGGCGGGGGGAGCGGACGGGAAAGACGGCGCGCGAAGCGCGACGGCAGGUAGUCGGAAGACGAGUUUGUCUUCGCGCGGCGCGCGCGCUCUGGUGCCAUUUUCGCCGUACAUCAAUGCGGUCAACAAGGCCAAGGAGGAGCCCUACUCUGAAAAAUCGCCUGAUGGAUACUUUCUGAUGGCUCAAGCGGAGACUGUCCUGACGUUCGACCUGAUCCAUGAGAAGAUCAAGAGCUGCAGGGAGGUGCCGUCGACGAUCGGGCUGUACGGCAACUUCCGGGGCGGGCAGCGGCUGAGGCAGGCCAUUGCCACCAUGAUGCAGCGCACGUUCAUGGGCGUGGAUGUGGAUCCGCUGCACAUCUGCAUCUCCAGUGGGGUCACCGCCGUGUUGGAUCUCUUCUUCUUCGCCACGUGCAGUGCGGGCGAAGGCUGCUUCAUCCGCGCACCCUACUUCCCUGCCUUUGACAACGACAUGAGCAUUCGGAACGAGGUGGUGCCCAUCCCCAUCCAGCCUCGCGACACGCGCAGCUACAUCCCAACCACUCUUGAGAUGGAAGACGCCUUCACGGCCGCGCAGGCCAGAGGCAUUCGCCCACGUGUGCUGCUGCUCACCAACCCCGGCAACCCCCUUGGCACGCUCUACCCUGAAGCCACCCUGAAGGAGCUACUGCUGUGGGCAAUCAACCACGAGCUGCAUGUGCUGUCAGACGAGAUCUACGCCAACUCCAAGUUCGGUUCUUCAGCCUCUGAGUUCGUGAGCAUAGAGAAGGUGGCGGGUCACCUGGUGGCGGAGGGACGGCUACCACAGGCACUGAGAGAGGAGCGGGUGCACACGGCGUACGGCAUGAGCAAGGACUUUGGCAUGAACGGGUUCCGAGUGGGGUGCCUGCACACCAAGAACAAGGACCUGCUUGCGUUCUGGCAGAACAUUGGCAUGUUUGCAGCAGUGUCAAACGACACGCAACACGCCCUGUCUGUGAUGCUGGAGGAUGACAAGUUCGUCGACUCUUAUGUCUCCGAGAAUAAGCGGCGCCUCAAGAUGUCAUACGACCUGCUGACAUCAGCGUUCGAGGCAGCGGGCAUGCAGUACCAGCCGGCAUGUGCUGCCAUGUUCUGCUGGCUCGACCUGCGCGCCGUCCUCUCUCACCCCACGUUUGAGGCGGAGCGGCUGCUGUGGCGCGAGAUUCUCGACUCAUGCAAGAUAGUUAUCACUCCAGGCGAGGCAUGCCACUAUGGCGAGCCGGGGUUCUUCCGUGUGUGCUACGCCGCCAUGUCGCCCGACCAGCUGUCGGUGGCGUGUGCCAGGCUGGCGGCCUUCUGGAAGAAAAAAGUGGCGGAGAGAGCAGCUGACGGGCAGGGGGGGAACGGGCAGGAGGAAAACGGGCCAGGGGUGGCCGGGCAGGCAGAAAAUGGGCAGGGGGGUGUUGCGGAGGGGAAUGGCGAGAGUGAGGAAGGGGAGGAAAAGCAAGGUGAGGGGGGAGAAAAGGGGCAGGGCGCUGUGGGUGGGGAGGGGUCUUUGAGUAGAAAACGCAAGGCGGAAGAUGACCCAGGGGAUGCUUAA